AUGUCGGGACCUAAUACAGGAACUGCCUCGAUCUAUGAGGACGGUGACGAACACAACUAUUCUCGGGAAGCUAUUCGCGGCGAGCAGAGACACCACUUACAGAAUGUUGAGGGAUACAUGCGAAAGGACCAAAACAGAGGAAUGAACGACAUGCUUAGCGAAGAUACCCAAGCCCAAAUAAACGAGCGAUACAAAACAGAUCCGCUAUACCACGCCACCAUGCAUGGCAACAAGCCGUCCCGAGGCGCCCAGCAGGACGCUGAGAUCCAGGCUGAGGAGGCCGAGAUGCUCAGGAAAAAGCAGGAGAAAACAGACAGCAUGCCGGGCAAGAAGUUCGAGCACAAGUCCUCAAGGGAGCACUAG